AUGGCUGUCACAAAUGUUGCCGUCAGUCCUGUUUGUGGAGAUCAUGAUCAUGUGGAGAAGCUCCAGCUCGGACGGCAGGACACUGGGACCAGCGCCUCCGAGUUAAUGAUGACGGAGCCCACGAGCACCAUGUCUGAAGCUCCUCUCCGCGCCGUCCCCAUCCACCAACGCCCCGACUUGCUCGCCCCAUGUGCAGAUCUGGUGAACCAGGAGUGGAAGCGCAGUCAGGCCGCUCGCAUCCACAGCCUUCAGAAAUCCUGCUCAGAAUUCCCGGUCUGCCUGGUCCUGCUCGGGGGCCAAAGUCGAUGUGAGAGUCUCCUAGGACACUCGCGCUUGUCCCGCGUGGUGGGUCAAAGCAACAGCCUGUUUGUGGAAUCUGUCGUUGUGUCUAAAGCAGAGAGAGGCAAAGGCUACGGCAGAGCACUCAUGGAAGAAACUGAACGCUAUGCACAAAACAGAGGCUUCAAAAGGCUUUACUUAACCACCCAUGAUAAGCAGCACUUUUACAAACACAUGGGGUACGUCCUGUCCACUCCACCGCCACCUUGCCCCGUUCCUCCUCCUACACCACCAGCGCCGCCCAAGUCUGUGGUGCAAACCCUGACUCAAACGCCUUACACAGACGCCAAAGGGAUGCCCAUAUACUGGAUGCACAAAGACAUUUAA